AGGUUGCAUUCUGAUUGAAAGGACCUCAAUUGAUUUGUUUUUCCAAAGAACUGUUUCUCGCGCAACUUUAAUUGCCCGCCUGACACACCAAAGAACAUAGCUCCAGUGCAUCAGAUGGUUGGGAAUCGAAUCAGAGUAAAGGUGUUUUUGGUUUAGAUCUGGCGCUUGAGCCACGGGCGGCGUCGUCGGAAAUCAUGUUGGGCUAAACCUCAGCUUGGUAGGCUGCCGGAGUUAUUGUGAUAUGAUUCAGGAAGGAAAAAUAGCGAGCAUGGUUGUGCUUAUUGCAUUGCUGGAAAGGCUAGCAAACCAGACUUUGAAGUUGCCAUAACCAAAUCGAUGAUUCAGAGCUAGAUUUGGCUAACUGAUGGCCAAGGGCUGCUUAUCGCUGCAUUCUGAUAAGUGAGUUUGACGCAACAGAAAAGAAGACAGCUCCGCUUCAGCUCCCUUAUUUCCCUUCUGGCUUAGUUAAUUCUAUAACAAAGGAACGAGUUACGAGGAUGGGUCCAUGGACUGGUGGGACAUAAGGAAUCCCGAAGCCCCAUUGACGACUGUUAAGUUUCAUUCAGAACCAGUUCUUAGCCUGUCUGUGUAUUGGCCGUGCGGUGGUGGUAUCUCUGGAGGUGAUAAUAAAAAAAUUGUGAUGCUCACUUUGGAUUAUGGAUCGAGGCAUUUUUCAAAGAUUAUGCGGAGGGCCAUGCCAAGCUUAGUAAUCUUGGAGCUAAAUUUGAUCUUCCUAAGGAAUUACGUGCUUACCAAGCUCAGAAAAAGUAAUCAGCAUGCUGAACAAGGGAUAUUCCAACACCUCUAGAGUUGGUCUCAUAUUUUGUGACUUUAUUUUGAACCCUGUUCUUUGGUUAAUUCAGUUUUGGUCUUGAAUUCUUUUUUGUUGUAAUACUUAAUGGUUGUUUAAUGGGUGCGUGUGAGCUACUAUUAAAAUGGGCAUUUAUUUUAAUCUUCCUUUUUUUUUGGGUAAUAGGCAU